AGAGCUACAGAGAUGAGUGGGAGAUAAAAGUAUGUGCAAGAGAGUGAAAGAAAGCGAGAUGACACUGAAGCAAGAGAGGGAACGUAUGCGAACAAGAAGCCACAGGUAGGCCUUGUUCUUGCUUGUUGCUUCAUCUGGGUAUGACACUUCCUGGAUUGUUUGAAAUAGUCCCAUAGAAGGUGAGCCAGCCAGUGUGUGUUGUGUGGUGGUGAGAGUAGUAGUAGUUCCAGGAGAGAGAGAGGGAGAGAGCGCAGCCUGACCAGGAAACACAAACAGCAGAGCGGGGAGAGAGGCUUCCUCUGACUGUGGCAUUGGAGGAAGAGAGUGAGGAAGCCAGUUGGGAGAGAAGACCAGACCCGCCUGUGGAGGAACAGGAGAGACAUUUCAGUUCGAAUGAUUUUGCUGCCUGCAGCUCAACAGAGCUGUGUGUGCUGAGCGACUACCACACGAGGAGUGCACACACCAAGUUUGUCUCUAUAGAGUUUCCCUCCUCUGCGCUCUUGUGUCAAACUUGACACGUGAGAAAGGAAACAGGCAUACGGAAGACUAAUUGUCGAUUUCCUGUUUUGUUUUUUCUCUAAUUUCCUCCCUUUUUUUUUAAUGGAGGAAGGAACGGCCAGAGUGUAGUUGCUGCUUAUUGCUGCUGGGGACUUUUUUGUUGUUCUUAUGGCCUCUUGCUGCCUGGCCUGGGGCUGUGUGGACUCUGUGACUCCUCUGAAAGGAGAGGAGAAGCUCUGUGUGUGAGAGAGAACUGAGAAACAACCGUUUAAGAACAUCGGCCAUGGAGCAGCCCGAAGAGGAGCAGGAAGGAGCAGGGGCUUCCCCCGACCCUGACGAGACUCUGCAGGAUGGAGACGAACCCUACACCUCUGCCUCGCCGGCCUCUUCGUCCUCCUCCUCUUCCUCCAGCCCGGUCCUGCCCUCCGCCGCCGCCGCCAUCCGCUGCCCCCACACCACCAAGAACUUCACACUGCGCAUGUUUGGCAGGAAGAAAGCUAUCGCUAAGUCAGGCCUCCAACACUUGGCAGCCCAGCCCAGCGCCUCAGCCCCAGGCAAGACUGACCCACUUCGAGAGAACUGCAACACUGUCGACUGGAGUGAUAAUGCCCAGUUUGGGGACCAUAUCUGGUUUGAGACCAGCGUCUCAGGAGACGUCUGUUACGUUGGAGAGCAGUACUGCGUCACAAAGACAAUGCAAAAGUCAGUGGCGAGGAAGAAAUGUGCUGGCUGCAAAAUAGCAGUCCACACCAUGUGUAUCGAGCAGCUAGAAAAGAUCAAUUUUAGAUGUAAGCCAUCGUUUAGGGAACCCGGAUCUCGAAAUGUUCGAGAGCCCAACGUUGUCCGUCACCAUUGGGUCCACAGGAGGCGCCAGACUGGGAAGUGUCGACAGUGUGGGAAGGGUUUUCAACAGAAGUUCUCAUUCCAUAGUAAAGAGAUUGUUGCAAUCAGCUGUUCUUGGUGCAAACAGGCAUAUCACAACAAGGUGACGUGCUUCAUGCUACAGCAGAUUGAGGAGCCUUGCUCGCUGGGAGCUCACGCCUCCGUCAUAGUGCCGCCCACCUGGAUCAUCCGGGUCCGCAAACCACAGACAUCAUUAAAAUCAAGUAAAAAGAAGAAACGCACAUCUCUGAAAGGAAAGCCGAGUAAGAAGGUAGUAGAGGAUGGUCGGUGGAAGCCCUUCAUAGUAAAGCCUGUUCCCUCGCAACUCAUGAAACCUCUGCUGGUGUUCGUCAACCCCAAAAGUGGAGGCAACCAGGGAGCCAAGAUCAUCCAGUCGUUCAUGUGGUACCUCAACCCCCGACAGGUGUUUGACCUCACCCAGGGAGGGCCCAAGGAGGGGUUAGAAAUGUAUUCCAAAGUGCCCAACCUGCGGAUUUUGGCGUGUGGAGGGGAUGGAACAGUGGGUUGGAUCCUGUCUGUCCUGGACCAGCUCCAGUUGAACCCUGCGCCUGCCGUGGCUGUCCUGCCCUUGGGGACGGGGAACGACCUGGCCAGGACUCUCAACUGGGGAGGGGGUUACACUGAUGAGCCAGUGUCUAAGAUUCUGUCUCAUGUGGAGGAUGGGAACGUGGUGCAGUUGGAUCGCUGGAACCUCCUGGUGGAGCCCAACCCAGAGGCCGUUCAGGAGGAGAAGGACGAGCACCAGACAGACAAGCUCCCAAUUGAUGUCUUCAACAACUACUUCAGCCUCGGCUUUGACGCUCACGUCACACUGGGGUUCCACGAGUCCAGAGAGGCCAACCCAGAGAAAUUCAACAGCCGUUUGCGGAAUAAGAUGUUCUAUGCAGGGACGGCCUUCUCUGACUUUCUGAGUGGCAGCUCCAAAGACCUUGCCAAACACAUUAAAGUUGUGUGUGACGGCACAGACCUCACCUCCAAAGUCCAGGACCUGAAGUUGCAAUGUCUUGUGUUCCUCAACAUUCCCAGUUACUGUGCCGGCACCAAGCCGUGGGGUCACCCCAGUGAGCACCUUGAUUUUGAGCCGCAAAGACACGACGACGGCUGUAUCGAGGUCAUCGGAUUCACCAUGACCUCUCUGGCCACUCUGCAGGUGGGCGGUCACGGCGAGAGGUUGAACCAGUGUAAGGAAGUGACCCUGACCACCUACAAGUCCAUCCCCAUGCAGGUAGAUGGCGAGCCCUGUAAGCUGGCCCCUUCCGUCAUCUACAUCAACCUGAGGAACCAGGCCAACAUGGUGCAGAAGACCAAGAGGAGGAUCUCCAUGCCCCAGCUCAAUGAUCAGCAGCCGGUUCCUGAGAAGCUGCAGAUCAGAGUGAGCAGGAUCAGCAUGCACGCCUAUGAGGCCCUGCACUACGACAAGGACAAGCUCAAAGAGGCCUCUAUUCCACUGGGCAUCAUCACGGUCCCAGGAGACAGCGAUCUGGAGAACUGCCGUUCACACAUUGAGAGUCUACAGGAUAGUCUGGAAGAGGAAAGUGAUGCUGUGAAAUCAGCGAGGCUGUCGUCACAAAAGCUUUCCCCCAAAUGGUGCUUCCUUGACUGCACAACUGCUGAUCGAUUCUAUAGGAUAGACCGUGCUCAGGAGCACCUCAACUACGUGACGGAGAUCUCCCAGGAUGACCUCUACAUCCUGGACCCGGAGCUGGUCAUCAAGGAGACGGUGGGCACCUCGCCGGGCAUGCCCGACCUGGUAGACUCGUACGGAGAGUGCAAAACGCCAGAAUCUCGCCAGUUUACCUUUCCAUCCUCCUCCUCCUCUCCCACCUCCUCCCCAGGACCCAGUAUCAGGGAGUCCCAGAGGAAGAGGGUGUCCAGUGACAGCUCGGUGACAGAGGCCCUGGCUCACAGCAGCGACUCCCAGGCCUCCUCCAAGACCGGCCAGUGCAGGAGAGGCACUAAAAUGGUGAAUGUUCAUCGGCCCCAUACAACUAUUGCUGAUUUCAGACCCAUGCUUAGUUCUGGAAGUGCUCUGUCGUGUGAUGCUGAAAAAGUAACUGAGUUAAUUGAGUGUGUGAAGACAGAAGAUCUCGAAAGGCUCACAGAGCUCCACAAACAGGGGGCAGAUAUUUUCACGCAGGAUACUUUGGGCUGCACCUUACUCCAUUACGCGGUGGAGGUGGGCUGCAAGGAGAUUGUUAAGUACAUCAUAGACAACGCACCUACCACUCUCCUGGAUGUCACAGAAAAAGAGACAGGGGAGACGGCUCUCCAUAAAGCUGCGUUCACGCGUCAGAGGACCAUCUGCCACUACCUGGUGGAGGCCGGGGCUUCCCUCAUGAAGACUGACCUUCAGGGUGAGACGCCGAAGCGGCGUGCGGAGAAGGCCAAUGACCAGGAGCUGGCGGAGUACUUGGAAAACCGCCAGCACUACCAGAUGAUCCAGCGAGAGGACCAGGAGACUGCCGUUUGAUGGUCCCACUAUUUACCGCAACCUGCACCACGCUCUCUCUUUCUCCCUCUUCGUUUGCCAUAUACCGGGUUCAGGUGUAGGUGUCUUCCCUCUCUAACAGACCAGGCUAAUUACACCAUCGAAAUAGGAUGACUAUUUCUAUGGGCUACACUCCCAGUAUGGGUCGAAGUCUAGAGAGCCAGUGGAGGCAGGUCUUCCUUUCAUCCGCUUGCUAGUGACGCUUCAGUUUGACUAGAGUGCUAUGUGAAAAGAGUGCAUGAAUGAACACCGCUUUUCUUCUAUUGCGAAUGGGUCCAAGUCCGCUACGACACAGCAAGCGAUUGUAAAUGAAAAGGGCAAAUGAAAAAACAACAGCUUUUUGGGGUAUUUUCAGGGCUGGAGUAACUGUAUCUGAAUGUGGCUUUAUGAACCUCGUAUCUUUCUCCAUAUGCAAUGGCUAGGUAUCUAUAGGAAUGUGUAGCGUUUGAGUGAGUCAUUGAAAUGGAUGUAGGUUGCUUUUAACCAGGGAUACUGUUUAUGUAAGUGUGGGCUUGAGAUAUGAUAGAUGCUUUGCCAUAUUGUAUGAAGGCUCAUUACUUUCCUUUUUGAAUUCUCGUGACCUCUGGAUGUGCUUGUUUACUCGAAUGGCAGUAUGUUUGCUCUGCUAUUGGAUAUGUAACUUAUAACUUAUGUCGAUCACUGAUAAACCGCUAUAUUUAAGAAAUGCUGUACUAUUUAUAGAGAGAGCUGUUUGUGUUUUUGCUUAUGAUCAAAUAUUAUAAAAGCAGGCAUCCGAAAUAACUCAUUAUUAAAAGCUGGUUUUGCACUGCCACUGUUACUACAAAAACAAUGCUUUGUAUUUCUCUAUGUGGCUUGAAAUUCCUCUUGGUGCGUUACAUAUAACAGUUCUUAGAUAUUUAUAUACCACAGCUUUUAGAUAUUUUUAUGCACUGUGUCCAUGUUUGUUACAUACAAUGUAAAUUUGAUGUAUUUUUUCCAAAUGUGUACUUUGCAAUGUAUAGUUUUUCUGUGUAUAGGUGAAACGUUCUUAUUUACUACAUGCUACACACGUGCAGUAAGAAUUCAACACAAAACAGUUAACAGAUUCCCCAAAAUGAUCACAAAUCACAAAUAAACUUCUGUAUCCCAUUCUUUAAUGCCACAUCAUUACUACUUUAGUCAACUCUUUGUAUAUUUCAUAUAUUAGCCGGUUUAUGAACACUUAUGGAAUGCGAGGAGAAAGUUCAGUUCACUUGAUUAGCCUUAAUCAGUCAUUUGUCUCGCAUUCCGUUGUCUCAAUGAAACUUAAUUAAACACUAUUUAUUGUAUGUGCAACCUGACUGCUGAGUCAAGUAUCUUACAUCAGUUUCUUUUUCUCUUUACAACUUUUACAAGUAUUAUCAGAAACAUGGCUUGAUUAUUGUGAAAUAUAGAUUGCUUUUAUCAAUACUUAGAAAUCUUUGCAAGAACUGCCUAUUAUUGGUUUGCUUUUAAGGGGUUAUAAAAAGUAUAUGUGUGUGUUAUCAAUGCUUUGUUUUGAGUUGCUGUGCAAUUCAGGGUUAGAGAAUUAGCAUCAAGCAAUUAAGAAUGACUACUGCUGAACUGUCCAUUGUAACUACAGAGAUUUCAAAAGAUAAUUUUUGUACUUGUGAACAGCGAUUAGAGUAAUGGACAGACCUGUAUGAAAUGUAUAAAAAUAAAAAAAAUUAGUUGUACUGUAUAUUUGCUCAUCAAGCCUGUUUGUUACUGUUUGUUUGGAGAAAAAUAAAACUUUAAACAUUGA